UGAUUUCCUUAUCAAUCCUGUCCCCUCGCCAUUCUCAGAGGGCAGGCGUAGCCAAGAAUGCUUCGCUCAUCACGAGCUGCGAGACUGGCUUUACGCCACGAUCAAGUACGAUGUCGCUGUUUCUCGACUUCCUUUGCCACCCACGAUGCUGGCUCUCCCAACCUUCCACCUCUGCGGGCAACGCUACCCCACAAUCGCUAUCCUCCACGCGAACCCUCCAUGCAAGUGGAUCACCUCGUCAUCGGUGGCGGAGUUGUCGGUCUUGCUACCGCAGCAGCUCUCGCUCGUCGUUACCCUGACAAGUCGACCUUCCUCGUAGAGCGACACAGGCAAGCAGGGCAGGAGACGUCCUCCCGUAACAGCGAGGUGAUUCACGCUGGGCUCUACUACCCGAAGGACAGCUUGAAGACGCAAAUGUGCUUGCGAGGAAGGGAGAAGAUGUACAGGCGGUGUGAAGAGUGGGGAGUACCGCAUAGGCAGACAGGCAAGCUAGUCGUAAGGCCGAAGGGGAGUAAGGACUACUUUGAGAAGAUGUUGCAGCAUUGCAAUUCCCUCGGGGCGCUGGCUCCGCCCGUCAGGCUGAUAUCGGGGGAUGAGGCUAGGCAGAGGGAGCCGGAUCUGUCGCAAGAUAUCGAGUGGGCGGUUCUCUCAGAGCGAACCGGGAUUGUCUCCAGUCACGAGCUCAUGGAGUCGCUCGAGAGGGAGAUCCUCGACGCUGAGGCGGCGGAGCUGGUCUACGAUACCGAGGUGGUGAGGAUCGACCCUCAUUUGCCUGCCAUGGAGGGAGUUGCAGGACCCUCAUCGAAGCGUGGGAGUGAUUACAGCCAAGAAGGUUGGGUAGUGCAGACGGUCACCCACUCCGCAGGCCAAGACGGAGGCGCAGAGGGUGGCGAAAGCGACGCCAUCCUCGCCCGUGUGGUCAUCAAUUCUUCUGGCCUCAAUGGGCACCUAGCCCUGAAUGCUCUUCUCGCGGAGGAGCGUUUCAGCUCGAACAACAGCGAAGAGGCAAUGGGCAUGUGGUAUGCCAAGGGCAACUACGUGAGCUACAAGGGCCCUGGAACGCGCAACGUCAAGGCGCUCAUCUACCCCAUCCCCGCCAUGAGUGCAAAGGGUGGGCUGGACCAAGGAUUGGGAACACACUUGACGCUCGAUUUGGAUGGGAAUAUCAAGUUUGGACCCGACACGGAAUGGCUCUCGCCACCUGAUGCGAAGGGAGGCAUAGACUUCUGGGCAAAACAAUUGGCCCCAGUCACGUCCGAGGACAGGCUGAAAGCUAUGCAUGCUAGCAUCACGAGCUUCUUGCCCGAUGUGAAGCUCGAGGGGCUCAGCCCAGACUAUGCGGGCAUUCGUCCGAAGCUCGUCCCACCCGGUGGAGGAUUCAUGGACUUCACUCUGCUCUGCCAUCGCUCGCGCGAUCUCAAGUCGCAGAAGCUCUGGAGCUACGCUCGCCUACCGAACGAGCAGUUGCACGAUGGCGCAAAGCAGUACUUCCGUGGCGAAGUCAACGCGCUUGGUGGAGAAGGUGGGCAGGCAGGAGGGACUAUGCUUACCUUGGCGGGGAUCGAGUCGCCGGGCUUGACCAGCUCAUCGGCUAUCGCUGAUACAGUGGCGGAGGUGGUGUCGCGCCAGGUGUGGGGGCACGGAGAUGCUGCACGGUCUACUGGUAGGGAAGGUACGGGGAUGGCCAAGGAGAUACCGAAGGGGGCGAGGAAUGAUGAAGUGGGGGCUGCCGGGCUCGAUGCGUGGGCAUAGCGCGGUGCGUACUCAGCGCACGGAGAGAGGGAUGAGGCCCUGACAUUAAUAGUGCGACACGAUGAGGACGCCCGUUGACGAGGUAGACUACAGGUGAGGAAACACGGCGGGGAGGAGGAAUGAUUUGUAGGAAAGCUUGAAGAAGUAGUUGGCGGAGCAUCGUCUUGCGCAUAGAAGUUCAAAGUCAUGGAGAGAUGUCCUAGCAAUCACAUCACGGAGCACUUGGAAGGCUGCGGCUCCGGCCCGCCUUCGGUGGUGCCCUUCUCCGUCUCUGCGAGCAUGAGCUCG